AGCAGCAGAAAGGGGUGUGACGAGGGUGUUGUAUUUCAUGCCAAACCACCUGGAGGAGACACUUAAGGCGCGCUGGUACGGGGUGCCAGCGGCAGUAAGGAGAGUCACUCAGAGAAGGCCACAUCACUUGAAUGACUACACUUGAAUAACUGUGCUGGACGGCCCAGAAGACUUUGUUUCCCCUCAGGCAAUGGACAGCAGGAUCAGACCGCUCGGCCUCCCCGGGCACACCGCCAGCCCGCUCGGUGGCUUGCAGGUUCCCCCUUCCCUCCUUCGCCCUCCGCCUCUCUUCCUCCGGGCUUGUAACCCCGCGCUGGAGAGGGGUUACCCCCGCACCCCGAAGUGCGCCAGGUGCAGGAACCACGGCGUGGUCUCCGCGCUCAAGGGCCACAAGCGCUUCUGUCGCUGGAGAGACUGCGUGUGCGCAAAGUGCACUCUCAUAGCGGAGAGGCAGCGGGUCAUGGCCGCGCAGGUGGCGCUCAGGAGGCAGCAGGCUCAGGAAGAGAGCGAGGCCCGGGAGCUCCGGCUCUUGUACCCCGGUUCGGGCAUCGGAGGGGAAUCAGGGAUCCCUCAGGGGUCACCUGUGGGCCCCGGGGUGCCAGCAACAACCAGCAACACUCCAACAGCUCCCAGUUUUGAUGUUUUUGGAACAGAGAACCAAAAAGAUGAUGACAAAUUGAGCAAGUACAACUUUUAUAACGGAUUCAUGGGUCGACCCCUCUUUGCGCCCCACACCAUGCGGCUCCCCUCUCCAAUCGGCAAGAAUGAGUCGUCUCCGAACAAGGACAGCACCGCGUCGUUAGUGGACGACAGCGCGAGUCCAUCCCCGGUGUUUGAUCAGCGCUCAGACCACACGGAGAGUCCGCAGAGGUCUCUCUCCUCCUCGGAUCCGGAGUCAGGGAGCGAGGCGGAGAAACCAAAGGACUACCCAAGCCUGGAGCGCGACCCCACCGAUAUCAUGGCCAAGAUCUUCCCCCAUCAGAAACGGGACGCCCUGGAGACUAUGGUGAGAACGUGCAAAGGUGACAUCGUCAAAUCCAUCGAACUGGUGUUGAGCUCCAAAGAGAACAAAAUCGACUCUGAUAGCUUGUCUCUGUCUAAUCACACAAACGCGCUCAGGCCCUCUGUCGGGCUGCCCGGAGCGCUCGGCGGACUGGGGAACAAAUCAGCCUUCUCCCCGCUCCACAUAGGCCUACCGCCGACAGCCGCCGGGGGAGACAGCCUGUAUGGGCUCAGCCCUCGCCUCGGUGUCAGCCCUCUACGGCUGGCCUAUUCCUCUGCGAACGGCGGUAUGGCAGGUUUUAUGUCACCGUACAUGACAUCCGGACUGAUGCCAGUGUUUCCCCUGCGUCCACCCCUGGACUCGUAUUCUUUUCCAGGCAUGAUCCGUGACCUUUCUUACCUCCAGAGCAAGGAGUCUCUAUGCAACACGGGCCUUUACACACGACUGAACAGUGAAAAAUGACAAAUCGACAGAUGAAAAAUUUGUAAAGUGGCUUUCAGAUGUACCUUUAAAUCGCUUUUCAAGUGCCUCAAACCCAAUUAAAGUGCUGAUUAUAAACACUGCAUGUUUUUAUAGUGUAAAUUUUGUAAAGAUUGAUAAUAAAACCAUUAAAAGGUUCA